AUGGACCUUCACCGCCCCUUCAAGAUGGACAGCCCCUCCUACCUGCCAGCUCCACUGGCCUCCCCUGCCCUCAUGGUCCUCGCCUCCACCGCCGAGGCCAGCCGGGAUGCCUCGGUCCCCUGCCAGGCCCCCAGGCCAUUCGGCAUCCCCGCUUCCAUGGAGAAGGACCUCCACCUCCCCUUCCCUUCAGCCUCCUACACAUUCGCCUCCAUGUACCAGCGCCAGGUCCCCAUGUCAGGCACCUUCUCCACCCGAGACUUCCCGGCCUCCUUAAUCCACCUGCACCCUCAGUUCACCCCACCAAACCUGGACUGCUCCACGCUCGGCAUGCUCAACCACAGCGGAGUGGGCGCCUUCCGACCUUUCUCCUCCCCGCAAGAGGAGAGGGAGUGCGGGGUUUACCAGUCCGCUUUCACCCCGGCUAAGAGGCUGAAGAGCUGCUUCCCAGACGUGGAGGGGAAGGAGUUUGACUUUGGCUCCCUGGGCGGCUGCCUCAAAGCCGGGGAGGACUCAGGGAGGAAGCUGUUCUCCAUGUCGGGCCUGCUGUCUGAUGGAGAGGCCUCAUCGAGCCCGGAGGAGCGCAAAGAGCACAAUAAGGUGAAGGGUCUGUACGACGCUCAGGCCCCCAUGUGUCCCGUGUGCCAGGCUGUUCUCAGACCUUGCGAGCUGCAGGAACACAUGGAGCAGGAGUUAACCAAACUGGCCCAGCAACAAAUCAGUGUCGCUCCAGUGCAGCACAGCCUCCUCGUCCGAGCCCCAAAGUCUCUCUCUCUCUCUCUGCACAUAAAGCGUGAAGGAGGUUCUCCCACGUCUCCCCCUCGACCGGCCGACGACCCUCACUCUGACCGAUACCAGACGUUUCUCCGUGUGCGGGCCAACAGACACACGAGACUGAAUGUCGAUGACCUCUGCUGGUGCAGGUGCUACGUCAAAUCUGCCCCAUUACGCCCUCACAUCGCAGGAGCCCACCUAGACUGCACACAAGCUGUCAGGAUUGGAAAGCUGAAGAGGAGGAAACCAGAGGACGGACAUGAGGGUUCACUGGACCUGGCGCCAUUGGAGAAUGAGUGGAACGAGAGGAGAAGGAUACCGUUGUCGUCUAUGGUUGGAGGGUUUAAAGGUGCGAUGCUGGUGAGCACUACUUCCAAGGAGUGUCGAGACAGUGACGCAGACCUGGACGUGGAUGGAGACGAUACUCUGGAGUACGGCAGAGCACAAUACACAGAGGCAGACGUCAUCCCCUGCUCGGGAGAAAGCUCCAAAGAGACGACAGUGAACAGCAGCAUACUGCCUGAUUCCAGAGUAAACCUCGGCUAUCCCAAAUGGUUAAAUGAUGGGAGUCCAUCUACCAGCAGUGGAGAGAAAGGGGACAGCAGCCUCGCAGUUCUGCCCAAAACCUGCAAAAACACUGACGUAGAGAUGCUCUCGGAAGACUCCACACUGACAACCCUGGAUGCACUUAAAGCUCGGAUACGGGAUUUGGAGAAACAGUUGUCUAAAGGAGACAGAUUUAAAUGCCUCAUCUGCAUGGACACGUACACGACGCCGCUCACCUCCAUCCAGUGCUGGCACGUUCACUGUGAGGAGUGUUGGCUUCGUACGCUGGGAGCAAAGAAGUUGUGUCCUCAGUGCAACACCAUCACCUCACCUGGAGACCUGAGACGGGUCUUCCUGUGA